AAUCCACAUAGUCCUCCAUGGAUAGAGUAAUAUAUUCCUUUAUGUUCGUGUUAAUAUUGCUAAGCUCCAAAUCAGUUGUUACUACAAAGGCACAACCACCCAUUUAUUUGGCAGAUGACUGCGAUUUCAACCCCCAAAAACCUCUCGGCGGUGAAUACCAAACCAACCUUAACAGUAUUCUCUCAUGGCUAUCCUCAGAUGCAGCCACAAGCAAAGGUUAUAAUCACAAAAGCAUUGGCAAAAACAACAGUGCUGUGUAUGGCCUCUAUGAUUGCCGUGGUGAUGUGGUUGGAUACUUUUGUCAAUUCUGUGUCUCUACUGCUUCCAGACAAAUGCUUCAGCGCUGCCCCAAUAGAGUCUCUGCUAUCAUGUAUUACAAUUUCUGCAUUCUGAGGUACUCUAAUGAGAACUUCUUUGGGAAUGUUACUAUAUACCCUCCACGGCAUGUAGUUGGAACCAAAAACGUGUCUAGUGAAGAAGAGAUUCAGAAAGGUGAGCAUUUUAUGAGGAGUUUAAUCAGAAAAGCAACUGUGGAAACCGACCAGUUGUAUUAUAUGGAUGGCUUCAAUUUGAGUUCCACUCAGAAAAGGUAUGGCUUGGUGCAGUGCAGCAGAGAUCUCACCAAUGAAGGGUGCAGACAGUGUUUAGAGGCCAUGCUAGCACAGGUUCCCAAAUGUUGUGAACAUAAGUUGGGGUGGCUCGUUGGUACUGCAAGUUGUCACAUAAAGUAUGAUGAUUAUAUGUUCUAUCUUUUUAACAACCAAUCAUAUCUUGUCCAUAAGAUAACAGCUAAACAAGGGCAUUUGAGCAAGUCAAGAAACUUGAUCUUUGGAUUAAGUGCGUUGGGGAUGGUAGCCCUACUGUGUUUGAGUGUCUAUUGCUUGUGUUGCCGGAAUAGAGUUAGAGAAGACGGGCUGCUACCUGAUACUGUUCCUCUAUCUGCAUAUACAAACUUGCCUACAAUCCAAUUAAUCACAAUUCUGGAGACUACUAAUAACUUUUCUGAAGCAUCAAAAUUAGGCGAAGGUGGAUUUGGCCCAGUUUACAAGGGAAUUCUACCAGAUGGAAGACAAGUUGCGGUCAAAAGGCUCUCAAGAGCUUCUAAUCAAGGCUCAGAGGAGUUUAAGAAUGAAGUAACAUUUAUAGCCAAAUUGCAACAUUGCAACCUUGUAAGACUUUUGGCAUGCUGCUUGGACGAAAAUGAAAAGAUUCUUGUAUAUGAGUAUUUGUCGAAUGCAAGUCUCGACUUUCACCUAUUUGAUGAUGAGAAAAGGAAGCAACUCGAUUGGAAACUUAGGUUAAGCAUGAUCAACGGAAUAGCAAGAGGUCUUUUAUAUCUUCACGAGGGCUCUCGACUCAAGGUAAUCCAUAGAGAUCUCAAAGCUAGCAAUGUUCUAUUAGACGAUGAGAUGAAUCCCAAAAUAUCAGAUUUUGGAUUGGCUAGAGCAUUUGAAAAUGGCCAGAACCAGGCAAACACAAAUCGAAUAAUGGGCACUUAUGGCUACAUGGCUCCUGAGUACGCUAUGGAAGGUUUAUUUUCAAUAAAAUCUGAUGUUUUCAGCUUUGGAGUUCUUGUCCUAGAGAUCAUUUGUGGAAAGAGGAACAGUGGAUUUUUUCUAUCAGAACAUGGUCAAACUCUUCUUUUAUAUACUUGGAGAGUGUGGUGCUCAGGAAAAUGUUUGGAAUUAAUGGAUCCAGUGCUAGAAAAUUCCUACAUAGCCAAUGAAGUUGUGAAGUGCAUACAGAUUGGUUUACUGUGUGUUCAAGAAGCUGCAGCAAAUAGACCAACCAUGUCCAAUGUUGUUGUAUUUUUGGCAAGCGAUGGAAUGGCCCUUCCAAACCCUAACAAACCUGCAUUCUCGGUUGGAAGAAGGACUUCAGACGAAACAUCUAGUUCAAGAAAUUCCAAAAAUAUUUCCAUUAAUGAUGCAUCAAUCUCUAGUAUUGUACCAAGGUAAUGAAAACAUGCAUAAAUGAUUGGACCGUCAGAAUGUAAAGGUAUAUCUAUUAUUGAUUGGAACUUAAUUAUCUUAAUUGUAAACGUAACCUAUUUUUUAUCAGUAUAUAAUGGAUGCAUCCAUACUUUUUCAAUUUAAA